AUGUCCGCCGAGCCGACGCUCUACCACCUCGCCUCUACUGGCUUCUGGAAGAAGUUCCGCGACGUCGUAGCCGUCAACCCCCUCAUCUCCUCCGGUCUCCCGCUGCAAGACAAGCACCGGUACCCGCCCCCCGCCUCGCGUCCUGAGCGGUACGCGACGCCGGCCACAGCCGCCUCCGACGUCGCCUUCAACCAAUACUACAACCGCGACGUGCGCCGCGCGUACCCGAAGACGUCGGUGGUGACGCAGGCCGAGCUGAGCGCGCUGCUCAUCGCCGCGCCUGCGCUCAAGGCCGUGUCCGAGGGCGCCGAGGGCGUCGACACGGCCUCGACCGCCGUCGUGACGGCCGAGAACGCCCCGGCACUCACCGCCGUCAUUGAGCAGCUGCCCACCGGCCGCUCGUUCGUCGGCGGCGGCAUCGAGACCGCCGCGCGCGAGGGCCUCCCCCCAACCCCGCCGGGGUCGCGCGCCGGAGGCAGCAAGUGGGUCCCCAAGCGCGGCCUCGAGAUUCCCGUCAACCCACACACUUAUUUCCCGAUUGAGGGUUAUACUUAG